ACUUUAGUAAAUGGCAAAUAAAAGGUCGACACCUUACAUGAUUUCUCUGGAAUCAGACCAAAACGAAAUCCUGAUUGGAAUUUCGCGACGAAGAAAUCGGAUUCUGGAGCUCCUCUUUGUGCCUUUCGAAUCGAAAAAAGAGGGAAAGAAUGCGAUCGGUCUUCUGCUUUAACAAAACGCACACACUCUGUCUCUAACAUUCUUAUGCAUCAACAAGGAGAGAGAGAGAGGCCUCGAGCAUGACACUUCUCUUCAUUCUUGCGAUUGCUGCUCUCCUUCACUCUUCCAUCGCUCAGGACUUCGACGUUCGCCAGCAUCUCUCAACUGUUUCCAGAUAUGGAGCUGUUAAAGAUGUUAGUAAUGAUGGCUACACGGAUCCUAUUGUUCCAAAUGGAUGUACUGCUGUUCACUUAAACCUUGUGGCAAGGCAUGGUACACGUGCUCCUACCAAGAAACGUAUAAAGGAGUUGGACCGACUGUCUGAUCGUUUUAAAGAACUUUUGAAUCAUGCAAAAAGUGAAGUAUCUGAUGGUGACAAGUCCCUUGAGAGCAUCCCUGCUUGGUUAUGGACAUGGCAGUCCCCCUGGAAAGGGAGAAAAAAAGGUGGGGAACUAAUACCCCUGGGAGAGAAUGAACUCUAUGAUCUUGGUCUAAGAGUCAGAGAAAGAUUUCCAGAACUGUUCAAUGAGGAGUAUCACCCUGAUGUUUUUCCAAUCAAAACAACACAGGUCCCUCGAGCAUCUGCUAGUGCUGUGGCAUUUGGCAUGGGUCUCUUUUCCGAAAGGGGGAGUCUUGGGCUAGGACGCCAUCGUGCUUUUGCGGUUACCAGUGAGAGUCGGGCAAGUGACAUUCAUCUGAGGUUCUAUGAUACUUGUGCAACAUACAAGCAAUACAGACAAAGUCAGGAGCCUUCAGUGGAGAAGCGUAAAGAACCUGUUUUUGCAGAAGUUUCUUCUGCCUUAAUUAAGCGCUACCAGCUCAACUUCACCAUACAGGAUAUUUCUUCCCUUUGGUUUCUCUGUAAGCAGGAAGCUUCUCUGCUUGACAAAACUGAUCAAGCUUGUGCACUUUUCAGCCCUGCUGAGGUUGCAUUACUUGAGUGGACAGAUGAUCUGGAGAUAUUUAUAUUGAAGGGUUAUGGUGAAUCACUAAACUAUCGCAUUGGAGUACCAUUGCUCAAGGAUAUUUUUGACUCCAUGGAACAGGCUAUUGUGGCUAGGGAAGAGAACCAUCCUUUGGGCACAUAUGAAAAAGCAAGACUAAGAUUUGCUCACGCGGAGACUGUGAUACCAUUCACAUGUCUGCUUGGGCUAUUUCUAGAAGGCUCAGAGUUUGAGACAAUACUGAAAGAGAAGCCAUUGGAGCUACCUUCAAAACCUCCCAAAGAAAGGAAAUGGAGGGGGAGCAUAGUUGCACCAUUUGCAGGAAACAACAUGCUUGUGCUUUAUGAGUGUAAAGGCAACAGUUCUAAAAGCACGAGACAACCUGAUGAGAACACGAGGAAGUACUUUGUGCAAGUUUUGCACAAUGAAAAACCAACUUUGAUGCCGGGCUGUGGGAAUAAAUACUUGUGUCCUUUCGACAUUUUCAAGGAGAAUGUUGUUAAUCCCCAUCAUAAUCAUAGCUUCAAUUUGAUCUGCAAUGCAAGAGUGGAGACAACAGAAACCUGUUCAAUUGCAUGUAAAUUCAUGAGGUUUUUCAGUAGGCUCUUCUUUUUCGAGGGGGCUGAGAAAUCGAAUUCCAGUGAGCAAGGCGAGUUGUAAAAUGUAAAUUCUCAACAAACGUGAGCCCCAUUGCAGUUUUGCAGUUUUGACUUCUUUAUCAUCAUCAUCAUCAUCAUCCAAGCUUUAUUCCAAUUAUAAAAGGUUGGCUACAUCAAUCCUGUUCCGUAAUUCUGCUCUAUCAAAGGCCAGACCUGCAGGUUUGAUUUUAUAUGUUCCUUUAUUCUCUCAUAUGAGUCUCUCUGUAACUGACCUUGGUUUCUUAUCCCUCCUAGGAAACAAAAGGGUUAAUUUUCUUAAAGCCAUCUUUCUCUCUCUCCCAGGCACACAUUCAUUGUACUUAUAGGACUCCAUGUAUGUCGUAUGUCAUUUACGAGAAUGAAUGGCAUUUCCAAAUACCCAGAAAAA